AUGCGUGUGGAAAACAGUUCUCAACAUGUUUCGGACUGGGGAAUCGAAUUCCAACUCGGAUCCCCACCUGAACGAUCCGGAAAGUUGUGGCUCAUUACAUGCAAUGCGGCGAAGCGUCCUGUUGAGGCUUUGGCUGGUUGUGUUUUCAGACCAGACUCUCUUCGACAGUCUGUCGUUGUGCAAAGCAUCAAUUUUGAUGGCGCAUACAGCCUGAGCUUGCACGAAGGCCUCGGCUGCUUGGAGAAGAUCGUUGCACCAUACGCGGCGGUCAACCAGUCUUUGCAUGCCGUCGCGGACUUUUACGAGCAGUUCUACGCUUUCCGGUACAUCUGCGCAGACCCGGCAGCCUCGGAUCAGGUGCAGGCGCCGCCUUUUAACUACGGAAUCUACGGCACGCCACGAGGAGGUGGAGCAUCAGCAGAGGCUGCCCGCGUUGACCUUGUAGACGAGCUGCGAGCGCUCGCAGCAUCACUUCCGAGCAAACCAGGCUUGACUGACUGGUAUCUGCCUGCCAAUUCCAUCUUUGCGAGGCUUCGAGAUUCUCACGUUGACUGGCGAAAUGGUGGCACCAAGGUCGACUCCAUACUGAACCAGUUCAUCUUUAUGUUGCAAGAUGACCGCGCGCAGAAGGCCGUGCGCAUUCAGGUAGCUGCAAGAGACACCGUCGUUGUCAACGGCUUCGCAGCACCCAGGUUUCUGUCAGAGGGUGGCGAGAUUGCCAGCAUUGAUGGGCUUCAACCCAUGAGGUGGUUCCGGUUACACGUGCUGGAGAAUCCGGCCUUCAACUACGGCUUCAAGAGCGUGGGUCCGCGCGCUAACAGCUUCCUCAAGUUGGGGCGGAUUGGUAUUGCAUGGUUGGGCAGCAACGUGGGCGAUGUGUCGUCAAUGAAGCCCUCCGUCAACGUGACAUUUGCUGAUGGCUCGGCUUGCACAUGGAGUUGGAGAUGGCUGUGGCUGACGAGGAAUUUGGCAUCGUGCAAGCUCUUCGAUGCUGCUUGUGCCGUUAAGUUUCUGGAGGCGCACCUGACCAACUCCAGCGCGUUGUUUCAGCACGCAGCAGAGGCCGGUUGCAGGGUGUCAUCGAGAAAUGCCGACGGCCGCAGAUCCGAGAAUGUGAUGAAACAUUCGGCAGAUGCGGACAUGGUCGAGCUUCUUAGAAAGGAUCCUGGGCUGCGGACGUUGCUUCAGAUCCAGGAGGAGAACGUCCCUGGCACCGAGGCGCAUCGGCGAGUGCUUGCACAUCUGGGUCUCAGGGAGCGCGCAGGUCAGGCUGUCAGCCUCCUUGCUUUGCCUCCACGUCGCUGGCUAUUAAACCCUGCUGCCAGUCCGCUCGGGGCGUCCUAUGGCUACUUCGAGUUUCAAGAAGACGAGGGUGGGAAAGUCUUCGCAGUGUUCAAGCUCAGCCGCCUCUACGUAAGCUCAACCGGAUCUGUAGGCUACGAUGCCAAGAUGGAGUUUGUUAGCUUCUGGAAGGAGCUAGUGUACACUGCAAAAGAAAGGGGCGUGGAUCGCUUGUUGAUUGACGUCGCCGGAAAUGCCGGUGGUUUCGUGGAUCUUGCAUAUUUGCUCGUGAGGGCACUUUACCCGUUCUUGGAGUUCCAGCAGGUCUGCAACACGUACGACAGGCCUGUGGGGUCUCUGUACAAGGCUUGGAGGGAGGUCGACACAACUCCCCUAGCAGCCUUCAUGGACGAUGACGCGGCCAUCCGGCAGCGCUUGAAGCAGAUGACUCCAGAGGAGCAGGCAGCCAUGAAGACUGUUCUGCAGAAAAUCACCAAGGCCUGCAUGGAGAUGGAUGUUUUGGACAUGGACGACGUGCUGCAAAUUCAGUCUGCUAUCGAUUCCUUGGACACAGGGGAGGUGGACGAAGAGAGCUUGCGCGGGACUCUUGAGAUCCUGACUGCAUCAGCUGAGAGUUUCGGAAAUCCUUUCUCGCUAUAUCUUGACGGUUAUGCGGCAAAUGGCACCCCAUUUGAUCCAUUCAAGUCUACGCGAACGGCACGACGGGGCGGCAAGCCUAACGUCAAGCUGACAGAGUUCUUUCGCAUCGAGGACUGUGUUUUGGCAUUUACCCAAGAGUUUGUUGAUGCAUUUAGAGGGGUAGAGCAUCCAUUCACAAACAUAGUUUUUGUUUCUGACGGCGGUUGCGGAUCAUCGUGUGACACAUUCUCCCGGACGGCAUACAUGAUUGCGAAGAAACAGCAGCAUCAUGGUGGUUCGAGGCUGCAGAUAAAUUAUGUAACUUUUGGGGGACUUGGUGGAUCCUUUGACGAUGCACAACGCACGCUGUCAGCGACGUCAUUUCCUGGAGGGAAUUUAAUGAUGGCUGCUAUGGCGCAAUUGUACAACCCCAUCUAUUCCGCUGCAGCUCUAGGGUACCUUGCUGCAGAAUGGGCCGGUUUGGGUCCCAUGAAGAGGCAGCUUGCCCAUUUUCGUACUUUCGUACCCCAGUAUCCAUAUUAUUGGAACAAUCUGCCACAGUACCCUCAGAGUGAGAUGUACCAGAACGCAUUGGGAGACUAUGCCCUGCCUGCAGAAUUUUAUUUCUUUCCAACGGACAUGUACUUGCCGGACUGGUAUGCGGACGUAGUCGGCGAGCCACAUGAGUGGAAUGAGUCCGAACUGAGACGUCUGCACGUGGAUGCAGCCAAAGCAUUCAAGGCCGUGUCAAUGAUUUUAUCACCUUCUGCAGCUUCUCGGGAUCUUCUGGGACAGCAGCUAUCUCCCGGCACAGUGCUGAAGGGCACCAAUUUCGCUUGGUUGGUAGGUCUGGGGGUCUUGGCCUCCGCUGCGCUGUUCCUCUUCGUAGUCCUCACCUUGACAAAGCUUUCGGAGGGCCUGCGCGUUGACUUCUCGCAGCCAGAACUGCAUGAGCACAUGGUGAGUGAUGAGGUCCAGAAGGUCAAGGAGCAUCAGGAAAACAUGUUGAAGGAAGUCCAUGAUCUUGCUCGAACGACUUCAAUGCUCGCCAAGCAUGAAGUUCCGGCGAAUCAAGCCGAAAAGCUGCGUGCUGAACUGGUGGCUGUCGGGGAGGCAAGAAAGAAAGCGAGAAAUUUCGGGGAGGAUUUGCUGGAGGACAUGAUGGUGCUGGAUAAUCUGUCUAAGCUGACUCCGGAAGACAGAAGCCUUCGCAAGGCUACGAUUGCCGGUCUCGAAGGCUUGCUUCAGAACGUCGACACGGCCAAGUCUCGACUGGCAACGCUGCAUAGAAAGCUGGAGGACAAUUUGAAAAAUCUUGAGACCAAGGAAAGAGAGCGCAAGGAGCAAGAGCAACUCGAGCAGGCCGCGCCAGAGGUCCUCCCGGCGGUCUCAAAGCCUGGAGCAGUUGCGAUGUCAGUGUUGGAGCCGCCUCCACCUGACCAAGAUAUGUGGAAGCAGGUUCGACUGCCUUUGCGGUUUCAUGCCCGCGAGGAAGACGGCCAGUACGUCCUCUCCGCAACGGCUCCAGGUUUGUGCCCAGAUGACCUCAAGUUGGAGCUGAACCAUGAUGCCACCACGCUCAAAGUUGAGGGCCUCCGACUGCCGACACAAAAGGAAGAAGACAAGAUGCGCAGAAGGAUAGCAAAGAAGAUUCGUGAAACCGCCGAACGGUCGCCGGAGAAGUUCGAGGUUCUGGCGAAGCGCCUUCCUGACGUGGCUGCAGAUGCAUACGUUGAGCUUGGUCAGGCGCAAUAUGGUCGUUUCGCUGAAGCCUUCCGGCUCCCUCACGAUGUCGAUGUGGAGAGUAUCGAUGCAUCGUACACAGACGGCAUCCUGCGGGUUGUUCUUCCCAAACGUCCUCGGCGAGCUCUGCCACAAGGGCUGGGCUACAAUAGCUUGGGCAGCAGGUCAGGGCGCGGCGGCGUUUAUCCUGGUCUUGGACUUGGCUCGGCUGGACGCUGGGGGGACUCGCUUUUCGGUGGCCAUGAUGACUACUUCAGGCCAUGCGCACUCUCUAGAAGCCGUUCUGUCAAGCCGCUCUUGCUCAGAUGGUGA